AUGUGUGGCAUCUUUUGUAUGUUGAGUCUGUCACCCACUCAGUUUGAGUGGGACAAAACAGUUAAUGAACAUUUAAAGAGAAGGGGGCCCAACUGGAGCCAGGAUCUUACAGUCAGAGGCGCAAGUCCCUGCUAUCAGUGUUUAUUCUCUGCCCACGUUCUUCACAUGAGAGGUCUUCUUACCCCUCAGCCAGUUCAAGACCACACUGGAAAUGUCCUGGUGUGGAACGGAGAGAUUUUUGGAGGUCUCCCAGUGAUGCCAGAGGAAAAUGACACUGCUGUUGUCUCUCAGCAGCUAUCAUCCUGCAACAGCCCUUCAGAGAUUCUGUCUGUCCUGUCCACCGUACGGGGACCGUGGGGGUUUGUUUACUACCAAAAGGCUGGAGACUACCUCUGGUUUGGCAGAGACUUAUUUGGUAGGCGGAGUUUGCUGUGGAAAUUUGAUGCGGAGGUCAACGCCUUGACCCUGACUUCUGUGGCAGCCCACAGUUCUGGACCUGAUCAGUCUGCUUGGCAAGAAGUCCCAGCAGUUGGUGUAUACAGGAUUGACCUGAAGGCAGUUUCAGAAGCUGGCUCUGUGAUGUUUGAGGUUUAUCCUUGGGCUAAUGGAGGAAAUGAUCUUGUCUCGAGCUGCAGUGAAACUAUAUUGGAGUCUGUCCCGAGCGGCUGCACUGCUGUGAUGAACCCUUCAGGCCUCGUACUCAGGUCACCCGUGUGCCCUCUUAAUACAUCCAUCCCGAAGUCAUUACAAGAGAAAGAAAUUCAUCCAAACUCACAUUCGUCUGUUAAGGAUCUGGAGCAGCUGCUUGCAAGCAAAGGGAAAAACGACGAGGUGAACCGUCUUAUUGAUGUUCUCAGUGAGGCAGUAAGGCGACGUGUUCAGUCUCUGCCUUUCAGGGUGCAAGACAGUUCCCCUCCUACUAAUGACCACGCUAGUGUCGCUAUACUUUUUUCAGGAGGUAUCGAUUCAAUGAUCCUGGCUGCCUUAGCUGACCGUCACAUACCUGCUCAUCAACCAAUAGACCUUCUCAAUGUAGCGUUUAAACUACAGGAGCCGAAGGAGCAGAAAGAGUCUGCAAAGAAACUCAAAAAGCACAAAAAUAAGCCCACAGAUUCUAAGACUGAUGGAGCUGAUUCCCAAACAUCCAGCCCCUUUGAUGUUCCGGACAGAAUUACUGGAAAGGCCGGUCUCAAGGAAUUACAAGACUUGAAUCCUGAAAGAAGAUGGAAUUUUGUUGAAAUCAACGUAGCGCAGGAGGAGCUGCAGAAAAUGCGCCAGGAGCGCAUUUGUCAGCUGGUGCAGCCGCUGGAUACGGUGCUUGAUGACAGCAUUGGAUGUGCUGUGUGGUUCGCAGCAAGAGGGACGGGGUUCAUCACAGAGGACAGUGACCAGAGGCUCUUCACGUCGUCAGCAAAGGUCAUUUUGACAGGAAUUGGAGCAGAUGAGCAGCUAGCAGGUUACUCAAGACACAGAGUCCGAUUUAUGAAGUCUGGUCACGAGGGACUGAUCCAGGAGCUGGCCAUGGAGCUGGGCAGGAUCCCUUCCAGGAAUUUGGGCAGAGAUGACAGAGUGAUAGCGGACCAUGGAAAAGAGGCUAGAUUUCCCUACUUGGACGAGGACGUGGUGAGCUACUUGAAUUCUCUGCCCGUGUGGGAGAAGGCAGAUCUGUCACUUCCUCGAGGUGUCGGGGAGAAACUCCUCCUGAGACUGACAGCGAAGCAGCUGGGCCUCGGCCAAUCAGCCGUCCUGCCCAAGAGAGCCAUGCAGUUUGGCUCCCGCAUCGCAAAGAUGGAGGACAAACAUGAAAAGGCCUCCGACAAAUGCACAAGACUCCUCACUGGGUAGACAAAUCGUUGGUUGCAAUGGAAAGAAUAUAAAAAUCAUUUUAAUAGAAAAUAUUCAUUAUAAAAUUACAUACAAAUAUUUGAAUGCAUAUUUACAGUUAGAAUUCUUGAUUUAAUGCGACAGAUUGUUUAAGCAGGCCAAGAUUUCAAUUUUUUUUUCCUUUUUUGGGUAAUUUUUUAACAUGGCAUAAUAAAUGGAAUUUCCUGUUUCCUCUA